GUUUCGUCCGCCUCGCGCAGCUCAGCCAGAGGAGCUCAUCCCUCUGUGAACUGCUUGAACACCCUGCGGCUCGCUAUCUAUAUCAGUGCAAUGGCAGGUUGGGCUGCAGACAGGGAGAGGCUAUGAACAUCCACUCAGCCCUACAGGAAACCUCCUCAUCGAGCAGUCAAACAGCCGUCACAGAUAAUGGACCUAAACUUGUGCAACCAGAGGAGGAAUAUUGCCAGGAACACUCUACCCAGUGCUGUGUCUCUGUAGCUGAGCCUCCUGUUCUCCAGCAUCACCUCAUGUCCCGGCCGUGAAGCUCUGAAGAGCUGGGAAUCCAGCUUAGGUUGGAAUCAUGGGAAAGGAACAGGAUCUACUGGUGGCGGUGAAGAAUGGAGAUCUUCUACUGGCUCACAAGCUUCUUUCCAAAGUCAAGUGCAACAAAACCAAGUUGCUGGGCUCCAACAAAAGACUCAACAUCAAUUACCAAGAUGGAGACGGCUUCUCGGCGCUGCACCACGCCGCCCUGACGGGCACCACGGAGCUGCUGUCUCUGCUGCUGGAGGCCCAGGCCACGGUGGAUGUCAAGGACAGCAACGGCAUGCGUCCACUCCACUACGCAGCGUGGCAGGGUAAAGCCGACUCCGUCUUAUUGUUACUGAGAGCUGGCGCUUCAGUCAACUCCCCUUCCCAAGAUGGGCAGAUACCCUUACAUCUCUCUGCGCAGUAUGGACACUACGAGGUGUCGGAGAUGUUGCUGCAGCAUCAGUCUAAUCCCUGCCUCAGGAGCAAGGCUAAGAAGACGCCGCUAGAUCUGGCCUGCGAGUUUGGCAGACUGAAGGUGGCUCAGUUGCUGCUGAGCAGCAACAUGGUGACAACGCUGUUAGAGGGAGAUGGAGGGAACGACGGCCUGAACUCCCCGCCCACCACCCCCCUCCACCUGGCAGCCAGGAACGGACACAAAGACGUCAUCAGGCUGCUGCUGAAAGCCGGCAUCGACAUCAACAGAUCCACCAAAGCCGGGACUUCUCUGCACGAGGCUGCCCUCUACGGCAAGACAGAAGUAGUGCGGCUGCUGCUUGAUGCGGGAAUUAAUGUAAACAUGCGCAACACGUACAACCAGACCGCUCUGGAUAUCGUCAACCAGUUCACCACCUCCUCAGCCAGCAGGGAGAUCAAGCAGCUCCUACGGGAGGCAUCAAGUUCUCUCCAAGUCAGAGCGGUGAAGGACUACUGGAACCUCCACGACCCGACAGCUCUGAACCUGCGGGCUGGAGAGCUUAUCAUGGUCCUGGAGCAGCACUCGGACGGCAGGUGGAAAGGCCACGUCCAUGACUCCCAGCGGGGGACGGACCGGGUGGGCUUCUUCCCCCCUUCAGUGGUGGAGGUCCUGAGCAGAAGAGCAGGGGCCCCUCUCACCCGCCAAGCAUCAAUGCCAUGCCAGCGACAUCACUUUGCAUCCAGAGCUCCUCCCUCAGGUCCCGCCCCUCAGACUGACGACUCAUACAUCCUUGGCUAUGAUCCUGCAGGUGCUCCACCGGACAGUCAGCUCUCAACCCCAGCUAGCCCCCCUCAGGACAUUUGGGUCCUAAGGAGCUCUCCCACUGGUGACAGAAACAGCGUUGGUAGCACGGGCAGUGUGGGCAGCAGUCGCAGCGCCGGCAGCGGCCAGAGCUCAGAGAGCAGCCACAAACAGAACGGAAGUCACAGUCGUCACAACACCGACAGCAUCAAGAUGGCUCCCCCUGCUGGUGAAACAGGAGAUCACGUCCAGGUUACAGGACCCAACCAACACAAACACACUGACGGAUCCACAGGUUCCCGUCGCCAGACCAGCAGCACUCCUCAGAAAGGCUUCGUCCGACCAGAGCAGCUACUGGAGGGAAAGGACUCUGAAGCCAUCUACCAGUGGUUGUGUGAGUUCCAGCUGGAGCAGUACACUUCCAACUUCAUCAAAGCUGGAUAUGACGUUCCCACCAUCAGCAGGAUGACCCCUGAGGAUCUCACCGCCAUUGGAGUGACAAAACCAGGCCACAGAAAGAAGAUCUCGAUGGAGAUCUCCAAGCUGAGCAUCCCUGAGUGGCUGCCAGAUUACAUCCCAGUGGACAUGGGGGAGUGGCUCAGUGUGAUUGGACUGUCUCAGUACCAGAAGAGGUUGUGUGACAACGGCUACGACUCCAUCACCAUCGUCAAGGACAUCACCUGGGAGGACCUGCAGGAGAUAGGCAUCACCAAGCUGGGUCAUCAGAAGAAGCUCAUGUUGGCGGUGAAGCGACUGUGUGACCUGCAGCGCUCGCGAGCCGGAGGCGGAACCCUCCGACGUAAGCCUCUCGCCGCUUUGGAGCUGGUGGCUAUCGAACACACGCCGACGCACAACGCUCACACGCACCCCGACGCUCCAUCCAGCAGCUGCUGCCCCGCCUCCCCUCGCACCCCCAGAGCCCUCCUCUCCUUCCAGGACAGCGAGCUGAGCGCCGAACUGCAGAGCGCCAUGAUGGGCAAAGCUGGAGAAGGAGCGACGGAGGCUUUUGGCAUCAGGGGUGUGUCUUCCUCUGCGGUCAUGGCCGCCAUGUCGGUCAGUCAGGAGAGCAUUAGCAAGCGUUCACGGGGCUCAGGGAAUUCUGGGAACUCAAACUGUGGACAUCCGCAGGAUCAUCGAUCUUCACCUUGUUCAGCCAGGACUGAGGAGAGUCUGGAAGGUGGAGAUGAAGCCAAGCGCAGGGGGAGAAAUAAACAGACCCCCCCCGAGAUGUGGGACCACCAGAGUUGGUCUGUUGCUCCAAACAAACUCCCCUUUUGCCCUAUCACACCUCCACUGACCCCCAGCAAGGUGCCCCGCUUUGCUUACCCAGCAGUCCCCCCAAAAACCAAACAGCUCCCUUCUCCGAACCGCCCCCAUCAGCCUCCUCCCUCUCCAUUUUCUCCGUCCCCGCAGCCCUCCCCCACACAGGAGACCCUCUGUCAGCUCCAGGCUCAGACAGGAGGCAUCAACGGGGUCCCUCGACAUCUCUCUAAGCCUCUACCUGGAGCCGUCCCCGUGCUGAGACCCCUGCCCGCUCAGAUUCCACCAGACGACGCUCAGAGGGGGUUUCAAAAGAAGCGCACCCAAAGCCUGACCCGCUACGCCAUGUCUGAUGGAGAACCCGACGAAGACGACCCCGCUCCCCCCCGUAGCUCCGCCUCCUCGGCCGCCAUGCCGUCUUACGCCACCCUGUCCCGCCGGCUGGGACGUGCUGCUGGUGUACAGCAGCACGUCAACCGCAGCCACUCCUUCGCCUUGCGCUCCCGACACAAAGGCCCGCCCCCGCCGCCCCCCAAGAGGAUGAGCUCUGUAAGCAGCAGCCCGACACAUCGCCAUGGAAACGGGAAGGUGGUGGAGCCAGAGGCAAAGGAAGGAGUGGAAAUGGAGAGCACAGGUAGGGUGAGGAACAUCGCAGCCAGGUUGGAACGCGGCAGCAGCAGCAGCCCAUCCAGGAGGAUAGAUAUCCCACCAACUCAUAUCCCAGUUUCACCAGUUUACAGCCCAGUUUCCUCACCAGUCACACACGGAUUUCCCUCCCACAUCCUCCUGCAGCAUUCCAAACCUGUCCCUGCCCUGGGUUUGGGGGGCAUAAAGAGGGUCGGAAGUGAGAGGACAGAAGGCGAUAGAGGUGGGACAGCGGGAACACCAGAAGAGAAGCAGAAAGUACGGAAAAGUGAAAAAUUCCGGAAUGCUGCUGCAUCUCCGAAGCUCCUCUCUGGGGAGAACCUUCCUUUUGCUGAGGAGGGAAACCUCACCAUCAAACAGCGACCCAGAGUCCUUUACCAGACCAAUCCCGAUGUCAAGGCCCUCUCAGGACAACCAGUCCAGACCCCCUCAGAGUGUCCAGUCCAGGCCCCCUCAGAACAUCCAUUCCAGAACCCCUCAGGACGAUCGAUCCAGACCCCUUCUGGGCAUCCAGUCCAGGCCCCAUCAGAGCGUCCAGGCCAGACCCCCUCUGGGCAUCCAGUCCAGGCCCCAUCAGAGCGUCCAUUCCAGACCCCAAAAGAGCGUCCUCUCCAGACUUGCUCAGAGCGUCCAGGCCAGACCCCCUCUGGGUAUCCAGUCCAGACUCCUUCAGAGCGUGUGGUCCAGACUCCUUCAGAACGUACAGGCCAGACCCCCUUAGGACAACCAGUCCAGAAUCUUUCAGAGCGUCCGGUCCAGACCCCCUCUGGGCAUCCAGUCCAGACUCCUUCAGAGCGUGUGGUCCAGACUCCUUCAGGACGUACAGGCCAGACCCCCUUAGGACAACCAAUCCAGACUCUUUCAGAGCGUCCGGUCCAGACCCCCAACAGCCUAGAGAUCCCAGAGUUCAACCUAAAGGAGUCGGACACAGUGAAGAGACGGCACAAACCUAAAGACAAAGACGCCUCCACACCGGAAGAGGCUGUCCCCCCCCACAGAGACGACAGCCUGCAUGGAUGUCACAACAUCAGUGCUGGGAAUGACAGAGACUCUCAGAGGCUGGGGAAUAUUUUCCAAAGAGUUGGCUCCGUGGGAAAAGGCCCAAAGCAUCCAGUGUCCUCCAAAACCGCCUGUCCUCUGAAACCCCCCCAGAACAGCAGACCAUCCAGCCCUCAAAAAACUGUUUCCUCAGAACCGGCUGGAGCACACACGGCCAUCCCUAAACUCACCAACGUUCAGAUUCACACAGUCUCCCCGAUGAUGGGAGGUGGGAUUCACUAUCAGACCUGUGCACCCAGUCCUAAACCCACCAAGCACCAACAAACAGUCAUAUGCAGGUCUGAGAGUCCACAGCGAGCUGCUGGAUCAAGACUCCCUCAGCCCAGUACAGCCUCCACACCAACAGCAGGACCAAACCUCAGCCUGGUUCAGAGCUUUGCUGCUCCGAGCUCCCCGAUGAGGACACCCUGCUCACCCACCGCAGCAUCACCAGUCCAGGCUGGGAAAGCAGAAGCAGCCCUGACUGGUGUGGCUGGUCUGGAGGUUCUGGCUCAGAAGAGACUGGAACAAACCAGCACAUCACUGGAGGCUGCUCUGAGAGUGGUGGAGGACAUGGCACAGGGUGGCAGUGUGGACGGCAGCACCAGUUCGGUGAAGGCAGCUGGGAAUAUUCUGGAUGACAUCGGGAACAUGUUUGACGACCUGGCUGACCAGCUGGAUGCCAUGUUGGAGUGACUUCCCAACUUCGGAUAGAAACCAGGACAGACGGGAGGGAGUCGCUCUUCUGAUGCUGCAAAGAGCCGACAUGAAGCUCAGCUCCUCCUCUGGAUUCUGGAGGAAUCCGUCAGAGCACAGCUGAGGAUUUACAGCACGCUGACUCAGUCUGGUCCAGUUUUCCAACAUGAGCACUUUGCCUAAGGACACACACCUGGGAAUGUUAGGGGAGAGACAACAAUCUUCCAGAUGUUAUCACUAAAGGGAAUGAGGGUCCACUUCUUUCAUGUUCCAUGUAGAUAUAAAUGAGUGUAUGGUGGUGCUGCGUAGUCCGACAUCUUUCUACUGAAAAUAUUAACUAGCAGUUAUAUUUAUACGUCUGUAUGUUCGUUUUCUAAGAUGGAGCUAAUAUUGACUGAAUCGCUGUUCAUGCUGUGUUUAUAUGUUGUUACUUUAUUGAAAUCAGCACCUUCCGCAUGGAUGUUCACAGUCUGACACGUUCCUACCAAAGUCUUUUAUUCAGUUCUUCCAACCUGUAAGUGUUACUCUGGGAGGGUUUCCAGCUCGUCUCCGGGUGCUACAACAUGAACUUACUGGCAGUCAGCUAAUACAUCGUUUGGUUUCUGCUGAUUUAAAACGAAUGAACAAAGUGUGUGUGGAACCAAGUGUGUUUCUGAAAACCUUCAUUCACUUUUAGACAAAAGGACCAAACUCAAAGAAAACCGUCAUCAACUUAUAGAUUAUUUUGUUUAUUCCGUCUUUAUACAAAAUAAUUUGUAUUGGUUUGUUAGUCAGUUAAAUAAAAAAAACUUUUCAAAUUUAAUUAUUUUUCAUUCUGU